UUAAAUUGUUUUUUAAAAAAAUGAAAAUAACCAGUCGUUUCACUAGAUAAGACCUUUCUUCCUUUUAUGUAAUGCUUUUAUAUACAUUUAUGCAUUUGCAGACACUUUUAUCCAAGGAACACAGACUGACAUUUUUGCAGCAUUGUGAGGGAACAACAAGAGUCCAUUUUUACUGACCUCAGAGUCCGUUUCCUUUUCCACGUUCAUUCUAUGGAAAACAUUCUGCUGAAAAAUCAGCCAGGCCCACCAAGCUGUCUUCCACUGGCGAAGUGUGCUGGUUUGAUGUUUUAGAGAAUUUUUGGUUGAGCAUCAGUGUCUUGUUUUUGAUGUGGCAAAUGGUGUGCAAAACCCUCCCAUUCAAAGCACAUAAAAGGCCAAUGAUACAUUGUCUGUUCAUUCUUGUUCCGUAUCAAGAUGCAUCUGCAAGCCUCUGUUGUUCUUCUUCUGAUUCUUCUCACUGGAGGAUUCUCUCUGAACUGUAAUAACUGUCGAAAAGGAGAAACUUGUAAAAAAUCAACAUGUUCUAAUCAACAAUCCAAGUGUGCAAGUUCAAAAAUAGUAGAAUACAGUGGACAAUAUAGAAAACUGACAGAGCAAAGGAUUGGAAACUCAACUCGCCUGAAGCCCAACCAAGCUAUGUGUGAAUUAGUUGGCACAAAGGUGGGAUUCAACUCUACAAGCUGUGCUAUGGCACAUGAAUGUGAAAACUGGUCUAUCAGCACAGGCUGCUGGAGAAAAGAAUAUUCUGCCCUGUGCUGCGAUACGAACAAUUGCAAUAAUCGAGUUGCCCCAGAUUUUAAUACAUAUUCUCAUAGGUCCAAUGGAAAGAGAUGUUACACCUGUGAUUCCAAGGACUGUUUGAAAAUAAUGAAUUGUUGGGGGAAUGAAGACUACUGCUUUUCUUCAAAUAAAACUCUUUCACAUCAGUCAGUGGCUAAGAAAGGAUGUGCAUCUAAAUCUGCCUGUGAACGGGAGCUUGAGCGCAUUGCUGGACCUUAUGGGAACGUCACAUGUUGUGAGGGGAACCUGUGUAACGGUGCUCAGAGCGUCACUCAGAGCUUCCUGUUCCUCUGCUGUUCUGUGCUGUCCUUCAUCCUGCUGCACUAAAUCCAGCAUCUCUGCAGCUCUGAUCCCCGCAUCAGCUGCGUUUUAAUA